GCGAAUGUGAUGUACAGUUGCGUCUGUCUCCAGAGCAACAGGUUUUGUUUUAUGUUUUUUACAAGGAUUAUAGCACUUGACUUUUUCUUCACACCGCCGAUUUCCAACUAGUUUACGUUUGGAGUAAAUAGACCGAUGUGUGACAGCUGUCGCUCUCAGGUGGUCACUGAACGCAACUUCAAAUUUUAUUUGAAAUAACGACGUCAUGUCAACACUUGAGGGAGAAAACAGUUCGACCAUGACAAUCUGACGUAUUCAACUCGUCCUGGAGAAAAUAAUUGCUGUGUUGAGAUUCUCCAGUCAGUGUGGGAUGCUAAGGAACUGGUGGUGCGUUGAGGCUAAAGGAGCAUGGUGAAACACCAACCCUUACAGGUCUAUGAGAAGCAAGUGCUUGUGUCCAUUGUCACUGGCAUCUAUGGUUGCCGUUGGAAACGCUACCAGCGGUCCCAAGACGACAGCUCCAGGUGGGAGUGUUUGUGGUUCAUCAUCUUGUGUAGCUCCUUUCUCUUGCUUCUUUGUUGGUCCUACUUCUGGUUGGUGGCUCAAAAUGAUUUCGAUGAGUUCAACUGGUCAGUGUACAACCGGUCUGGAGAAUGGAGGGAUGAGACUGUCCCCAUCCUUGCAAGCACCACCGUGGGGUUCAGCUAUAUUUCAAUCUUGAUGAUCUUGGCAUUUUUCCACAUAUCUUUAGGACAACAGCUUAAUCUCUACUGGCUUCACAAGAUCGGUGUGCUGGCUACACUCUUCACUACUAUCUCUGGUGUUAUCUCUGUUGAUGACAUAUGGGCAGAGGAGUGGGACAUCCUGCUAGUGUCCCUCCAGUCCACAGCACCCUUUUUGCACAUAGGUGCUCUGACAACAGUCACAGCGCUGAGCUGGCUGGUCGCUGGUUAUGUGGUCCGCAGAGAGAGAUCUAAUUUCCAGAUGAUGGUGUUAAUCACCUACAUAAUCAUCCUCAUGGCCCUUUAUGUGGCACCGCUGUCAUUUUCCUGCCCCUGUGUGAUGGACAGCCGUAUCCUCAAACCUCGACCAGACGUCAUUGGCCGACGAGGAGCUCCUAUGCUGGCCCCGGAAAACACUAUGGUGUCCUUCAACAGAGCCUUACAGCAUGGAGCCAGCUCCCUGGAAGCUGACGUCACCCUCAGUGUGGACGCGGUUCCAUUCCUCAUGCGGGAUCGCACCUUGAGACGAACCACCGAUGUUAGCUCAGUCUUUCCUGAAAGGCAGCAUGAAGAUGCCUCUUUGUUCAACUGGACUGAGUUACGUUCGCUCAAUGCUGGUCGAUGGUUUCUAGAGAGGGAUCCCUACUGGACAGUUGCAACAUUAACUGCAAGGGACCGUAGCAGAAUAGGCAAUCAGACGGUUUGCGGUCUGUUGGAAAUGCUACGUUUGGCAGUCAGAGCCAACAGCUCCGUGCUGCUAAAUAUCCGGAGGCCCCCUGCAGGCCACCCUCGCUUCCGGAGUUGGUUUACGGACACCAUGUGGGCUGUGCAGAAAGCGGGUAUUUCCCAAAGGAGGGUGAGGACUGUGACAUGGACCCCCGACACAGACAGGGGGAGAGUUCGGGGUUUUCAGCAGACCACAAAUGAGAAACUGUCAGUGACAGAGAUACGGCGGCGGGGCAUUACAAGCUUGACCCUCCACUACAGCAAGGCCAGCCCAAAAGAUAUACAGGAGUAUCUGGCCAAUAAUGUGAGUGUGACAGUCUACCCAGUCAAUGAGCCAUGGCUCUAUUCACUCCUUUGGUGUAUUGGGGUGCCUUCUGUGUCCUCCGAUGCUCCCCAAGUCCUCCGAAAGGUGCCUUAUCCCAUCUGGCUCAUGAGUCAGAAUGCUUAUAGCUUCAUCUGGAUUGCCUCAGAUCUCGUCUCAAUUGCCGUAGUCAUGGGAAUCUUCAGUUUUCAGAACUAUCAUAUGAUCAGGUGGAGGAUGAGUGGGAUGCAGAACUGUAACCCUGAACAGAUCAUGCUUAGUGCUGUUGCUCAUCGGUCUAAUCGGGAUGUCAACAUAAUGAAGGAGAAGCUCAUUGUUUCAGAACUUAACAAUGGGCUAAGUAGUACAGAGGAGCUGUCACUGUUUCCCAAGAAUGGCAACGCAAGAUAUUGUCAUGGAGACCUGAGACCAUCAUUUCACAAGGAACAAACGGGGUGUUAGCUGACUAUUGUGUGUACACUUUUUAAUUUUUACAAGUGUUUUCUAUGACUGUGGGUGGACUAUUGUUGAUGGAAAGUCUGUAAUACACAUACAGUAUAGUAUAUUGCAGGCAAUCUCUUGGAAUAAUUUUUCAAAAUUGACAGUAGCCAUGAUUUCAAGCAAAAUUACUUAAA